UACUGCUGAAACAGUAAAGAUCGGUGCAGCCUACGUUGUUUUUCCACUUUGAUUUUGCAGUCUCUCUGGUUCCAGCCUUACAGGUCUUUGCUUACAAGGAAACAGUUGCUGUAUUCGGAAGUCAAAAGUAGUCUUUACAUCAAAUGAAACGACAAAAUCACCUUCUCUCUGUUCGUCACUGCACAUCUUCAAGGAUUUCUAGGGUUUCGUCUAUUCUCUCUUCUUCAGUUCUUUAACAGAGUCACCUGCCAUGGCUUUUCCAAAUUACUGGUAGCUUAUGCAGGUUAAUUUUAAUCUCUGACUCUCCUCCGGUUGAUGAGCUUGCGAAGUUAUUGCAACAUUUGCCGUUUCUGGAAAGGCACAGUUGAGGUGCAGAAAGCAUAUUUGACUUGAAGAGAUGAGGGCAGGCAGUGCAGCAAAGUUGAUCGUGGACGCACUGCUCCAGCGAUUUCUUCCUCUUGCCAGGCGUCGCAUUGAAACUGCCCAAGCACAGGAUGGGCAGUAUCUUCGACCAUCUGACCCUGCUUACGAACAAGUGUUAGAUUCAUUGGCUAUGGUGGCUCGACAUACACCUGUACCCCUUCUGGAAGCUCUUCUUAGGUGGAGAGAAAGUGAAUCCCCAAAGGGUGCUAAUGAUGCCUCUACUUUUCAGCGAAAGCUUGCAGUGGAGUGCAUAUUUUGCUCAGCAUGCAUUCGCUUUGUGGAGUGCUGCCCACAGGAGGGGCUUACAGAGAAGCUAUGGUCAGGGCUUGAAAAUUUUGUGUUUGAUUGGCUAAUCAAUGCUGACAGGGUGGUUAGCCAGAUUGAGUAUCCCUCAUUGGUUGAUUUGCGGGGACUACUUCUAGACCUAGUUGCACAACUCCUGGGUGCUUUGUCAAGAAUCAGGUUUAGUUCUGUCACUGAGCGCUUUUUCAUGGAACUGAAUUCUCGUCGAAUUGACACCAGUGUUGCCAGAAGUGAAACACUUAGUAUCAUAAAUGGGAUGCGCUACCUUAAGCUGGGGGUUAAGACUGAAGGUGGACUGAAUGCAUCAGCAUCCUUUGUGGCAAAGGCGAACCCACUAAAUCGUCCUCUACAUAAAAGGAAAAGUGAACUCCACCAUGCACUAUGUAAUAUGCUUUCAAGCAUUCUAGCACCGCUUGCAGAUGGUGUAAAAGGCCAGUGGCCCCCAUCUGGUGUUGACCGUGCCCUUACACUAUGGUAUGAAGCUGUUGCUCGGAUAAGAGUGCAGCUUAUGCAUGGGAUGGAGAAACAGAGCAAACAUGUAGCUGUUGGGUACCCUUUGGUGACCAUUCUUCUUUGUCUUGGUGAUCCUCAAACAUUCAACAGUAUCUUUGGUUCUCACAUGGAACAUCUUUACAAGCACCUUAGGGACAAGAACCAUCGCUUUAUGGCCUUGGAUUGCCUUCAUCGGGUUGUAAGAUUUUAUUUGAAUGUUUAUGCAGAUUACCAACCCAGAAAUCGUGUAUGGGACUACCUAGAUAGUGUGACCUCACAACUUUUGACGCUUCUGAGGAAAGGAAUGCUAACUCAGGAUGUCCAGCAUGAUAAACUUGUUGAUUUCUGUGUGACAAUAGCAGAAAGUAACCUAGAUUUUUCCAUGAACCAUAUGAUACUGGAAUUAUUGAAGCCGGAUAGUCUAAGUGAAGCCAAAGUCAUUGGCCUACGUGCUUUGCUUGCAAUUGUCAUGUCUCCUUCAAAUCAGGAUACUGGUCUAAAAGUUUUCCAAGGUCAUGAAAUUGAACACUACAUUCCAAAGGUGAAGUCUGCAAUUGAGUCAAUUUUAAGGUCUUGCCACAGAACCUACAGUCAGGCUCUUCUUACUUCUUCAAAGACUACCAUAGAUGCUGUCACAAAGGAAAAAUCUCAAGGAUAUCUGUUCAGAUCGGUGCUGAAGUGCAUACCCUACCUGAUUGAAGAAGUAGGUCGAAGUGACAAAAUCACGGAAAUAAUCCCUCAAUAUGGCAUAAGUAUAGACCCUGGCGUCCGAGAAGAAGCAGUACAGGUGCUGAAUCGUAUUGUUAGAGACCUUCCCCAUAGACGCUUUGCAGUGAUGAGAGGGAUGGCCAACUUCAUCCUUCGGCUUCCCGAUGAAUUUCCCCUUCUCAUUCAGACAUCGUUGGGACGCCUCGUGGAACUAAUGCGUUUUUGGAGGGCUUGUUUGUCUGAUGAGAAGCUACAAAGUAAUGUUCACGAUUCCGGGAGAGUGCGGAACAGAAAUGAUAAAGUCCAGAAGAUACUGACUUCCUCUCAUUCCAUGGAAGCGAUUGAGUUUCGUGCUUCAGAGAUAGAUGCUGUUGGUCUGAUAUUUCUUAGUUCUGUGGAUGUUCAAAUCAGACAUACGGCUUUGGAGCUACUGCGCUGUGUUCGGGCUCUAAUAAAAGAUAUAAGAGACUUCUAUCUGAAUGAUUCAUCUGAUUAUAAAUUGAAAAAUGAAGCAGAGCCAAUAUUUAUAAUUGAUGUUCUUGAAGAAAAUGGGGAUGACAUUGUCCAGAGCUGCUAUUGGGAUUCUGGCCGCCCUUAUGAUAUGAGACGAGAGUCAGAUGCAGUUCCCCCUGAUGUUACUCUUCAAUCCAUUAUUGACACUGAUAAGAACAGAUGGACUCGCUGCCUUAGUGAGCUUGUCAAAUAUGCUGGUGAACUUUGUCCAAGUUCAGUUCAGGAAGCUAAGUUGGAAGUUACACAUCGUUUGGCUCUUAUUACACCUGUAGAAUUAGGUGGGAAGGCUUAUCAAUCACAGGAUGCUGAAAACAAGUUGGAUCAAUGGCUCAUGUAUGCGAUGUUUGCAUGCUCUUGUCCACCUGAUAGUAGAGAAAUUGGGAGCUUAGCAGCAGCAAAAGAUCUCUAUCGUCUUAUUUUCCAAUCGCUAAAAUCUGGAUCUGAAGCACACGUGCAUGCAGCAACCAUGGCUCUUGGACACUCUCAUCUGGAAGUUUGUGAGAUUAUGUUUGGUGAGCUCGCAUUUUAUGUUGAAGAGGUUUCAUUGGAGACAGAAGGAAAACCAAAGUGGAAGAGUCAAAAAACCCGUCGGGAGGAACUCCGUGUUCCCAUUGCAAAUAUAUAUCGUACUGUUGCUGAGAAUAUUUGGCCAGGAAUGCUGAGUCGAAAGCCGGUUUUCCGUCUUCACUAUUUGAAGUUCAUUGAAGAAACAACUAAGCAGAUUGUUACAGCACCUAGUGAGAGCUUUCAAGAAAUGCAACCUCUCCGCUUUGCGUUGGCAUCAGUUCUAAGAUCACUGGCCCCUGAGUUUGUGGACUCAAAAUCAGAGAAAUUUGAUAUCAGAAGUCGAAAGCGACUAUUCGAUCUUCUUCUCUCUUGGUGUGAUGACACUGGAAGUAUGUUGGGUCAAGAUGGAGUCAGUGAGUACCGUCGUGAGAUUGAGCGUUAUAAGUCAUCUCAGCACAUCCGCUCAAAGGAUUCUGUUGACAAAAUUUCAUUUGAUAAGGAAAUGAGUGAGCAAGUUGAGGCAAUUCAAUGGGCGUCUAUGAAUGCCAUGGCUUCACUGUUAUAUGGACCUUGUUUUGAUGAUAAUGCACGAAAGAUGAGUGGGCGCAUAAUUUCUUGGGUUAACAGUCUGUUCAUUGAGCCAGCACCCAGGGUACCUUUUGGCUAUUCACCCGCUGAUCCUAGGACUCCAUCCUAUGCGAAAUAUACAGGAGAGGUAGGGCGUACUACUGGUGGCCGUGAUCGGCAUAGGAGUGCUCACCUACGUGUUUCUCUAGCUAAAACAGCCCUGAAGAAUCUUCUACAGAAAAAUUUGGACCUGUUUCCUGCUUGUAUUGAUCAGUGCUACUACUCAGAUGCUGCAAUAGCUGAUGGUUACUUCAGUGUGCUUGCUGAAGUCUACAUGCGCCAAGAAAUCCCAAGAUGUGAAAUCCAGAGACUUUUGAGCCUGAUACUCUACAAGGUGGUUGACCCAUCAAGACACAUACGUGAUGAUGCUCUUCAGAUGCUUGAGACACUUUCUGUCCGUGAGUGGGCUGAGGAGGGUACUGAGGGUGCAGGACGCUAUCGAGCUGCUGUUGUUGGCAACCUCCCUGACUCCUACCAACAGUUUCAAUACAAACUCUCAUGCAAACUUGCCAAAGAUCAUCCUGAACUGAGCCAGCUUCUGUGCGAGGAGAUCAUGCAGCGGCAACUUGAUGCUGUGGACAUAAUUGCUCAGCAUCAGGUAUUGACAUGCAUGGCUCCAUGGAUUGAGAACCUCAACUUCUGGAAGCUCAAGGACUCAGGGUGGAGUGAAAGAUUACUAAAAAGUCUUUAUUAUGUGACAUGGCGGCAUGGGGACCAGUUCCCUGAUGAAAUUGAGAAGCUUUGGAGCACAAUUGCAAGCAAGCCCAGGAACAUUAGUCCUGUCCUUGAUUUCUUGAUCACCAAAGGGAUUGAAGAUUGUGAUUCUAACACUUCUGCUGAAAUAAGUGGAGCAUUUGCAACUUACUUCUCAGUUGCCAAACGUGUCAGUUUAUACCUUGCACGGAUAUGUCCACAGUGCACAAUUGAUCACUUGGUUUACCAAUUGGCUCAGCGGAUGCUGGAGGACAGUGUGGAACCAGUUGGACCGAAGGCUGAUGCAGGUGGGAAUUUUAUAUUGGAGUUCUCUCAAGGGCCCACAGCAACUCAAAUUGCAUCUGUUGUGGACACCCAACCUCACAUGUCUCCACUGCUUGUGCGGGGUUCUCUUGAUGGUCCUCUUAGGAACACGAGCGGGAGCCUGAGCUGGCGCACAGUAGGUUUGACAGGCCGAAGCGUUUCAGGUCCAUUGAGUCCAAUGCCUCCAGAAAUGAACGUAGUUCCUGUUGCUUCUGGGCGGUCUGGGCAACUCCUUCCAGCAAUGGUGAACAUGUCAGGGCCAUUGAUGGGGGUUCGUAGCUCAACAGGGAGCUUGCGGAGCCGCCAUGUGUCUCGAGACAGUGGUGACUAUGUCAUUGACACGCCAAACUCUGGUGAUGAUGCAUUGCAUUCUGGUAAUAUGGUGCAUGGGGUCAAUGCUGGAGAGCUUCAAUCAGCAUUACAGGGGCACCAGCAGCAUUCACUAACCCAUGCUGAUAUUGCAUUGAUUCUACUUGCAGAGAUUGCUUAUGAGAAUGAUGAGGAUUUCCGUGAGCACCUUCCUUCACUCUUCCAUGUCACAUUUGUGUCAAUGGAUAGCUCAGAAGACAUUGUGCUAGAGCACUGCCAGCAAUUGCUUGUUAAUCUGCUAUACUCACUCGCGGGCCGGCACUUGGAAUUGUAUGAGGUUGAGAAUAAUGAUGGAGAGAACAAACAGCAGGUUGUAAGCCUGAUCAAGUAUGUGCAGUCAAAGCGUGGAAGUAUGAUGUGGGAGAAUGAGGACCCCACAGUUGUUCGAACUGAACUCCCAAGUGCAGCCCUUCUGUCGGCCCUUGUGCAGAGCAUGGUUUAUGCUAUUUUCUUCCAAGGAGAUCUCCAGGAGACUUGGGGGGCAGAGGCACUCAAGUGGGCCAUGGAGUGCACAUCUAAGCACAUUGCAUGCCGUUCGCACCAAAUCUAUCGUGCAUUGCGACCCAGUGUCACCAGUGACAAUUGUGUGUCCCUACUUCGGUGCCUUCACAGGUGCCUCGGGAACCCUGUGCCAUCUGUUCUGGGCUUCAUUAUGGAGAUUCUGUUAACUUUGCAAGUGAUGGUGGAGAAUAUGGAACCAGAGAAAGUAAUUCUUUAUCCCCAACUCUUCUGGGGCUGUGUAGCUAUGAUGCACACUGAUUUUGUGCAUAUGUACUGCCAAGUGCUAGAGCUCUUUGCCUGUGUAAUUGAUAGGUUAUCAUUCCGGGACAGCACAACAGAGAAUGUGCUUCUCUCAAGCAUGCCCAGGGAUGAGCUUGAUACAAUUGGCUGUGAGUCAUCGGAUCUUCAGCGGAUGGAAUCAAGGAACGGCAACGAGCCACCACCAGAAAAUGGGAAAGUUCCGAUCUUUGAAGGGGUGCAACCUCUUGUCCUGAAGGGGCUUAUGUCAACAGUGAGCCAUGGGUCCUCGAUUGAGGUGUUAUCUCGAAUGACAGUGCAUUCAUGUGACUCUAUAUUUGGGGAUGCUGAGACACGGCUUUUAAUGCACAUCACAGGUUUGCUUCCCUGGAUGUGUUUGCAGCUCACCAAGGACUCUCCUACUUCACCACUACAACAGCAGUACCAGGAGGCUUGUUCUGUUGCUGCCAACUUAGCAGUUUGGUGUCGAGCAAAAUCACUAUAUGAGCUUGCGACUGUAUUUAUGUUUUAUGCCGAAGGCAAGAUCACGACAACUGAUAACCUGCUUUCUUGUGUAUCGCCAUUAUUGUGUGCCGAGUGGUUCCCAAAGCACUCAGCUCUGGCAUUUGGGCACUUGCUGAGGGUGCUGGAGAAGGGUCCAAUAGAAUAUCAGCGUGUGAUAUUGCUCAUACUCAAGGCGUUGUUCCAGCACACAACUAUGGAUGCUGCCCAGAGUCCUCAUGUGUAUGCGAUCGUAUCACAGCUAGUGGAGAGCACUCUCUGUUGGGAAGCGCUGAGUGUGUUGGAAGCACUCUUGCAGAGCUGUAGCUCCUUGACAGGGUCACAUCCUCACGAGGCUGGUUCUUUUGAGAGUGGGUUUGGCAAUUCUGAGGAGAAGAUGCUUGCUCCUCAAAGCUCUUUUAAGGCUAGGAGUGGACCACUCCAGUACUCUAUGGGAUCAGGGUUUGGGGUAGGCCUAGCACCAGCAACACAGGGAGGUGCAAUCGAUUCAGGUCCGUCACCUCGAGAGGUAGCUUUGCAGAAUACACGUUUGAUUCUUGGUCGGGUGCUUGAUUCAUGUGCUCUUGGGCGGAGGAGGGACUAUAGAAGGCUUGUACCUUUUGUGACCACCAUUGGGAACCAAUAGUAUCAUUUUGAUAUCCCUGAUCUGACAUCAUGCCUGUAUGUAUCAUGCCUUCCUUCCCACACCCUCCCCCCGCCCCCCCACCACCACCACCACCACCCUUGUAUUGUUUUUUUUUCACCCUGGUGGUGGUGUUAGCAGUUGGUUCUGUAGAUAUGGGAGGUUCCCUUGUAUUUAAUAUUUUCACAAGAGAAUAAUCCUAUGUAUCACCAACAUUUAGUUUGAGAUGCUUCUAACCAACAAUUUUGUAGUUGGCUAA